ACCCGGCGUGCACUGCGCCGCGCUCGCCCCCGCCCGCUUGUGUUUUGGCGGAUCCAAGAUGGCGGUGCAGGAGUCGGCUGCCCAGCUGUCCAUGACCCUGAAGGUGCAGGAGUACCCGACGCUCAAGGUGCCCUACGAAACCCUGAACAAGCGCUUCCGGGCAGCUCAGAAGAGCAUCGACCGGGAGACCAGCCACGUGACCAUGGUGGUGGCCGAGCUGGAGAAGACCCUGGGCGGCUGCCCCGCGGUGGACUCGGUGGUCAGCCUGCUGGACGGCGUGGUGGAGAAGCUGAGCGUCCUCAAGAGGAAGGCUGUGGAGUCCAUCCAGGCUGAGGACGAGAGCGCCAAGUUGUGCAAGCGGCGCAUCGAGCACCUCAAGGAGCACAGCAGCGACCAGCCAGCGGCCGCCAGCCUGUGGAAGCGGCAGCGCAUGGACCGCAUGAUGGCAGAGCACCUGCUGCGCUGUGGGUAUUACAACACGGCCGUGCGGCUGGCACGCCAGAGCGGCAUCGAGGACCUGGUGAACAUUGAGAUGUUCCUGACGGCCAAGGAGGUGGAGGAGUCACUGGAGCGCCGGGAGACGGCCACGUGCCUGGCCUGGUGUCACGACAACAAGUCUCGGCUGCGCAAAAUGAAGGGCCGCCAGGGCGAGCAGGACCUGAAGACGGGACGCCGGGGCCGGGCGGCCAGCGGCUCCCCCAAAGAGAGCGAGGACCUUGGCCUGGAGCCCCUAAGAGGAAGGCCAGAAUUGAGCUGCCUGGAGUUCAGUCUGCGGAUCCAGGAGUUCAUUGAGCUCAUCCGGCAGAACAAGAGGCUGGACGCUGUGAGACACGCGAGGAAACACUUCAGCCAAGCGGAGGGCAGCCAGCUGGACGAGGUACGGCAGGUCAUGGGCAUGCUGGCCUUCCCGCCCGACACCCACAUCUCUCCCUACAAGGACCUGCUGGACCCCGCGCGGUGGCGGAUGCUUAUCCAGCAGUUCCGCUACGACAACUACCGCCUGCACCAGCUGGGAAACAACUCCGUGUUCACACUCACGCUGCAGGCCGGCCUGUCGGCCAUCAAGACCCCCCAGUGCUACAAGGAGGACGGCAGCUCCAGGAGCCCCGACUGCCCGGUGUGCAGCCGCUCGCUCAACAAGCUGGCACAGCCGCUGCCCAUGGCCCACUGUGCCAACUCGAGGCUGGUCUGUAAGAUCUCAGGGGACGUGAUGAAUGAGAACAACCCCCCCAUGAUGCUUCCCAACGGCUACGUCUACGGCUACAAUUCCCUGCUCUCCAUCCGCCAAGACGAUAAGGUCGUCUGCCCGAGAACCAAAGAAGUCUUCCACUUCUCGCAGGCGGAGAAGGUGUACAUCAUGUAAGGCCUCCUCCCCGCCGCCACCAAAGAGCCCCUGAGCGGAGCGGUGAGCCUCCCAGACCAGCACUGGCGGCGGUGCCCGGGGCGGGGUGAGCAGCACACGUGUCUCGGACCCUCGGGCCACCUCUGCCGAGGCCUCCCUGCGCCCGGAGCCACGGGGUCCAGGGACUGUGCCGUAGGGGUCUGUACCCAGAGCUCACUUGCAUGCGUGUUGAUCAGCUAAUAAACUGUAAAUGUAACAUGUUAAUAAAGGGCUUUCUAUUUCUUCC